CGGUGGGAUGGGGAAGGAUUAUUACCGCACGCUAGGGCUGUCCCGCGGGGCCUCGGGGGAGGACGUGCGGCGGGCAUACCGCCGGCAGGCCCUGCGCUUCCACCCCGACAAGAACAAGGAGCCGGGGGCCGAGGAGCGUUUCAAGGAGGUGGCCGAGGCCUACGACGUCCUCAGCGACCCGAAGAAGCGGGAGAUCUUCGACAAGUACGGGGAGGAGGGGCUGAAGGGGGGAGCCCCCACCUCUGGCCCAGGGGGGUCCAAUGGCCCCACCUUCACCUACACCUUCCGGGGCGACCCCCAUGCCAUGUUCGCCGAAUUCUUCGACGGUCGCAACCCCUUCGAUACCUUCUUCGUCCAACGCAACGGAGAUGACGAGGACGGUGAUGACACUUUUACCACCUUCCAUGUGGGAGGUUUUGGUAGCGUUGGUUUCCCCCGGGGUCGGGGUGGACCGGAAGGUGCCUGCCGUAAGCAAGACCCCCCGGUCCUCUACGAUCUGAAGGUCUCCCUGGAGGAGAUCUACAGUGGUUGCACCAAGAAGAUGAAGAUCUCCCACAAGCGUCUCAACCCCGAUGGGAAGACGGUUCGUAACGAGGACAAGAUCCUCACCAUCGAGGUGAAGCGGGGUUGGAAGGAGGGCACGAAGAUCACCUUCCCCAAGGAGGGCGACCAGACCCCCAACAACAUCCCCGCCGACGUCGUCUUUGUCCUCAAAGACAAACCUCAUGGUGUCUUCCGCCGGGAGGGCUCGGACAUUGUGUACCCGGCGAAGAUCAGCCUCCGUGAGGCCCUCUGCGGCUGCACGGUCAACGCGCCCACGCUGGACGGCCGCACCAUCCCCAUGGUCUUCAAGGACGUGCUGAAGCCGGGGGUGAAGCGCCGCAUCCCGGGCGAGGGGCUGCCCUACCCCCGCACCCCCGACCAGCGCGGUGACCUCAUCAUCGAGUUCGAGGUCAAGUUCCCCGACAGGAUCCCCCCCUCCUCCAAGACCCUCCUGGAGCAGAUCCUGCCCGUCUAGCCCCCCCACCCUUCCCCCCCAUGUCCCCCCAAAUUCCAGGGGGGCUUGGGGUGGGCUCUGACUCUUGGGGGACCAUGCUGGGGUGGGGGGUGGGGGGGGCAGCUCCUGCCUGCGCUGCCUGCGGGUGCCCUGCUGCCUGCACCAGGCUGAGAGCGGCUCCUCCGAUGUCCCCGGGUUUGGGGGGGGCUUGGGGGUGUCCCCCCCCCAUCCUGGGGGUCUGGGGGGCAUGGGGUGUCCCUGUCCCCACCCCUGCCUUGGGGCUCCCGGUGUCCCUGUCCCCUCUCUGUGCUCUGGUGGCCCUGGGGUGUCCUUGUCCCUGCCCCCCCCCCUCCCCGAUUUGGGACUCCUGGUGUCCUUGACCCCCCCUCCUCCCCAUUUGGGGGUCUUUGGGUGUCUUUGUCCCCCUGCCUCCAUCCUCAGGGGGGGUCCCAAGGCAUCCCCACCCCCCCCCUUCUGCUCCGGAGCUCCCAGGGUGACUUUGUCCCCCCAUUUUGGGGCUUCCCUCUCCCCUCAAGCUCUGGGGGUCCCCACAUCCCCCCCAUUUUGGGGGGCUCUGGGGGUCCCGGGGUGUCCUCAGCCCCUCUCCCUCCUCCGAGAGGGGAGUCGUGGGGAUCCCCCCGCCCCCCCCGUCCCCAAGGCCAGGGGGGAGCCCCAGGAGGG